ACCUCAAAGAUUGACGUAAUAACCUCAAAGUUUUUACACAAAAAUUCAUACAAAAAUGCUCAAACUGGAACAAAGUUUUUCGAAAUUCUUUUUUCGAUUUGGAAAAAUCAGUUGCUCGAGCUGUGCCGCUUUACAGAAAAUCUGUUUAGUGCCCCAACGUAGGAAUUUCCAUAUCUCUCCAAUUUUAUUUUCCACUAGAAAACUUAAGGGCAUUGAAAAUGAGUAUAUGUUUCAAUUGAUCUCAAAAAACGGCCUCGAUUAUGUCGAUUUUAUGGAAAUUGAGGAGGUAAAAACUCCAGAGGAAUUCGAGGACUUACUGAACAGGGACUAUAGGAAAAAUAAUGGAUGUGCUGCUACCACUAUUUUGAACACGUUCAAAGCUGUGGAAAAAUUUUGUUGUCGGAAUCAAAUUACUAUAUCGGAUCCCAGAUUUGAUAAGUUGGUUGAUGGUCUUAUGGACCAUUGUCGGAAAUUAACCGAUGAUGAAAUUGUGGAAUUGCUGUUUCUAUUAGCAAGAUAUCCAAAAUGCCAGUCUUACAGAGAUCAUAAUUACCACGAUGUUUGGAGUUGUUUAGAUGACGUAAGCCGUGAGCGGGUUACCACUACAGAUACUGAUUUCUUAUUUGAAGUUGCUAAUGCCUGGUACCAAUUAGACCUAGGUAAACUAGGUGAAUAUGUUUUUGAUAUGCUUGAUGUCUUAGCCAAAAGAAGCAAUCAUCUUACUAAAGAUCAUGUAGUAAAAGCUUUCUUUUACAUGAAUAUUUGUAGAAGAAAACAAGUACCAUUUGAAUUUGAAAGAGUGGUAGAUAAAUACAUUGAUAAAUUUAGUAUAGAGGAACUUGGUAUAAUCGCACUUGGAUAUUUCAAGACUCAAAGUAAAAUCAAGCUUGAAAGCAUCCUAAUGGCCAUGAUAAAGGCAGUUAAAAAAGAAUGUUCUACUGUUAAUCAGAUAACUUUAAGCUCAAUUUUAAAAGUGCUCAGAUUCUCGAAGAUGGGAUCCCUUGUGUCUGAAAUGGACCAAAUGUUAGAUGUACUAUUGGGUCAGAUUGAUAGACUUUCGACCCAAUGUUGUUUACAUAUAGCCAUCAUAGGUACAAGUCUGAUACAUUAUCAUGAGAAAUCGAUGGUCAAAGCCACCCAAAAAAUUGUUGAUAGAAUGGAAAACACUGAAGAAGUUAGGCUCAAAGAUAUUGAGAGAAUUCUUAUUGCAUCUACAAUGGUGGAUUAUCGGCCGAAAAUUAAUCCUGACUUGUUCGAAGUAGCUUUCAAAGAAAUACAUCAGCAAAGAAGAAUUACGGAGUUGGCCUCAUUUCCCAGAAUAUUACCAUGUGUAUUAGGUACACUCAGUCUAGUCAAUAUGUAUUCCUACGAAUUGAUGGAUAGAGUAUUGGAUACAGAUUAUAUAUUUAGUACAUACGGAAAGAGUAUAGGAAACAUCAAUAGGGACAUAUUCUCUUUAGAUUGUUGCAUAGAUAUAGAGUGUCCCGAUUACAAAGGGAGGAGACUGUCUCCAAAUUUGAAGUACCGAUUAGUGAAAUGGUUACUUGAAUUCAUUCCAUCUUAUGACCAAUAUAAAAAAUUAACGGCAUAUGACAAACUCCAUUUGGAUGUCGAAGAAAAUCUUUUAUCUAUUGUAGGAAAUAGAGAUGCUUUGAAAGUGGAUUAUGUUGUACCUCAUUUCGGUAGAGCAGAUAUAAUAUUGUGCAAAGACAAGACCACAAACAAAUUCAUAGAACCACCGGGUUUUGAGAGGUACAUUUUAGGCGAUGUGAAAUACGCAUGGCCAGAUCCGAAUCUUUCGUGGUACGCUUUCAGCAUCAUAGGUUGGAAUAACACAAUCCGAAAUACGUCUAGGCCAGUUGGAUUGGUGACGAUGAAACAGAGACAUUUGAGGAAAAUAGGGUACAACUCCAAGUUGGUCAUUUGGAACCAAUACAUGAAUUUGAGCAAGGGGAGCAAACUUAAGUAUAUUGAAUCUCUGUUGAGGUAGUCUAGGGUAUGAUUCUUUCAAUAAAUUUCCCAAAAAUAUUUUAUA